AGAUCAUUUGUCGCACAAACUCGAAAGAUGAAACUUUUAUAUUUGUGUUUAUUCGCCGCUGCUGCGACAGUAGCUAACUGCAAUAUGAAAGAUGCCGAUCGUAUUCUGGCAAAAAUCGAUUUUGAGGCAGUAAGAAGCAGUGGUCGUCUGCUCCAGAAUAUGUUCAAUUGUUUCAUCGAUGGUGUGAAAUGUACUCCAGACGCCUUCGAGUUAAAAAAAUUCUUCCCCGAAAUGUUGUCCACGUGUUGUGCUGAAUGCAGUGAAACUUUGCUGGCAGAAACUAAACGGAUGGCAGAUUUCCUCUACGAAAACAAGCCGGAAUAUGGACGCAAGACCUUGGAGAAAUAUGAUCCAGAUGGAAAGUAUCUGGCAAAGUGUGGUGAAGCUUUAAAAGCGAAAGGAAUCGACCUAACUAGGUUUUAAACCAGUAUUACCUGAUGAAAUUGCAUAAAACUGCUAUCUGAAAUUAAUGGAGUCUCAAUAAAUGCUAAUUGAACCUUGUA